GGUCUUUACUCAAAUGGUUGCUGGAAGGGAGAGAUAUUCUGUCUGAAACAUCCAUGAUGAGUAACAAUGAGGCACAUAACCAUUAUCUGAAUGGUAUAAGCCCAUCUGAAAUUUCUGUACACUUCAAAGAGAUUUAUCCUGAGUUCGGUGAUCUCAAUGUUCAAGAAGUCCUUCUACAACAGGAAAGUGCAUAUCUAUCCAUUCAAGCCAGUGGAAAGGCAAAGGUUACAACAUCUGAUUAUGGCCAAACUAACAAUGGGAGUCAGUUUUUAGCACAAGAGAGUGAAUCACAAUUAGCUCUUGAUGAAGCCUUUGCUAGAUCUUUGGAAUUGGGGGACAACUUUGCCAACUUAUAUAACUCUGAGCACGGUGGCAAUAUAGCUGAGAGCACAAAUUCAAGUCCCAGAGAGACACCUGCCAGGAUAGUGAUUCAAAACACAAGGGAAGACGAAAUUGAUCCAGAUACAAUGAAUUAUGAGGAAUUACUUUCGCUAGGGGAUGCUGUUGGCCAGGAGAGAAAAGGACUUUCAGAUGAUCUCAUCUCUCGUUUACCGACUUUUAAAUACAAAGCAGGGUUCUUCUCAAAGAAAAAGAAAAAAGAAGAGUGUGUGAUAUGUUGUGCCGAGUACAAGAAUAGAGCUAAGCUGAUAACUUUGCCUUGUGCACACCAGUAUCAUUCAGCAUGCAUUACACGUUGGUUGAAACUCAAUAAGAAUUGUCCCGUUUGUCAAGAGGAGGUUCGAGGAGAAUAAUUUGUGAAAGUUUCCUUGGCAAAGUGCUGCCUAUGUAUCUCUUGCUUGCAUCUACUGGUUUUGGCAGCAUCAUUGGAGUAUUGGAUUAACCUGUUUUCAAGUUUACAAAUUCUACUCUAAAAUAAUUUGACUUGCUUAAGUACUUGUUUGUGUAUAUAGUGCAAGCAAUAUACAUGUGCUUGUAACUCCCUUGUAAAGAUUUUUUUCAGUGGAUGUAAAAUACUUUAUUGGCAGUAACUUUGUGCUUGCUUGAGUCAAUGGAUGAUGGUUAUAAUUAUCUUCGCUUA